CACGGCACGCUGGACGCGCACGGCACGCUGGACGCACACGGCCCCGCGCAGCGCCGCCGCUCCGCCUGCCUGGCCGCGGUGGUGCUCGUGGCCUUCGUCACCUGCUUCGCGCCCAACAACCUGGUGCUGCUGGUGCACGUAGUAGGGCGGCUGUUCUUCGGCCGCAGCUUCUACCACGUGUACAAGCUCACGCUCUGCCUCAGCUGCCUCAACAACUGCCUCGACCCCUUCGUCUACUACUUCGCCUCGCGCGACUUCCGCCGCCGCCUGCGCCGCUUCCUGGGCUGCGGCCGGAAGCGCCGGGACCCGGGCGACACCCGCAGCAGCCGCUUCUCCGCGCGCUCCGGCCCCGACCCCGACGGCGCGGACCGGGGACUGCAGCGCCGCGAGAGCGAGUUCUGACCCCGGAGCUCAGCCGAGCGGGCCGCGUGCACACGCCCCGACCGCACGUGCGCGCCCCGGGCAACCCGGGCAAC